UUUUGGUUCCGCCCACUACCCUUACCGGAAGUUUAGCUUUUGUUGUCACACUGGAAGAAAAUGGCAGCUGCUGUGAGUUUUUUUUCAAUGAAGGCACUGAAAUAAUAGCUAUUUUUUUGCAUUGGAGUUACGAUCUAUAAUAAUGCAAAUCAUAAGGCAAGUCCAUCCUAAUGUUUAAGAUUGAAGCUGCUUUAUGCGUUUGUGUCUCAGCUGUUGUAUUGAUAGCUAACUUUGGCAGCUUCCCAAGAAGCAAGCUAGCGAUGCUAACGUUAGCCUGCUAGCUAGCCAGCAAGCGAGCUUGUUGCUGUGAACCAAUCGCUUGCCUGUGAGCAUAACGCUAGCAUCAAGUUAACUGGGUUUAAUUGAAAACAACGCUGUUCCAUCAAAGUGUAUGGAUAGAAACUGGGUGAUAUUGUACAGCCAUAUAUAUUGUGCAUCAUUUGUUGAUUAUUUGCGAAAUCGCCAUACGAUCAAAAGUAUAUAUUACUUAGCAGUUAGCUAGCUAGCACUUACCUGGGCAGUAUUGCUAACCAACCCGCUAGCUAGCGCUUACCUGGCCAGUAUUGUUAACCAACCCACUAGCUAGCACUUACCUGGGCAGUAUUGCUAACCAACCCGCUAGCUAGCACUUACCUGACCAGUAUUGCUAACCAACCCGCUAGCUAACACUUACCUGGCCAGUAUUGCUAACCAAGCCGCUAGCUAGCACUUACCUGGCCAGUAUUGUUAACCAACCCGCUAGCUAGCACUUACCUGGCCAGUAUUGCUAACCAAACCGCUAGCUAGCACUUACCUGGCCAGUAUUGCUAACCAACCCGCUCAAACGGUCGGUGCCUUGUUGACUGUGUAGACUAGGUUUGACCCGGGCCGUGUGUGUGCAGGGUUUGAAUGGUCGCUGUAUGGAGGUAACGGUGUGGGGCUAAGGACAGCUACGUCUGCAGCUGACCAUCACUCACCCAGCUACCGGUGGCAGACCACAAUGGUAAGCAUCCCUCCCGCCAACCCCCUAUCCACCAAUCCCUCUAUCUGUCUAUCCAUUCCUCUAUCCGUCCAUGCAUCCCUUUAUCCGACUAUCUACCACUCUAUCUAUCCCUCUAUCCUUCUAUCUAUCUGUCUAUCCAUCCCUCUAUCAGCCAUCUACCCAUCCAUCUAUCCAUUCAUCUCUGAUCUCUCUGUGUGCGGAUAGGGUGGGCAAGAUCUCUGAUCUUGCCCACCCUAUAUCUGUGUGCAUGUGUUGACUGUUCUGUUUCCAUUGUGAAGUGUGUGACCACGGGCAAAUUACAGUAGUAGGAAAGACAUUAUAAAGCUGUUUUGAUCAGUAGUAUAAAUAAUUUAUCCAUUGCCCAAUAAAGCCUAGUGACAAAGACUACAGUAAUGGAUGCCAAAUGUUCUUUUUGCAGCAACAAGUUUUGGAAUAUGCAUUGGAUAGGGCUGAGGUAAGACUUUUUCUAUUUCUUCUACACGAACAAGGUGAUUCAAGUGUGUGUGUCUGUUUGUCUAUGUGUGUAUGCUUGUGUGUGUGUGUGUGUGUGUAUCUGUAGGUGUUCAUGCAUAUAGCUCCAACGCUGAUGUAUUUCCUCUUCUUCAGUACAUUGUUGAAAGUGCUCGUCAACGGCCAGCCAAGAGGAGAGCCUCAUCCGGAGGGAGGAAGAGUUUAUACCAGAAACUAUACGAGCUCUACAUCGAAGAGUGUGAGAAGGAACCAGAGCUCAAGGUAACCAAUAGAAGUCUGAGUAGGUUGUAUAGAAAGCAUUUGACAGACCUAAUCAUUGGACCCAUUGACCUGUAGCUUGUGUUCAUUAGGGUACACCGUAGCAAAAUGUUUUGUAACAGAAAACGAAAGCCAGGGUUCUUAUUGGACAAGUUCACUUCAGAAGCAGCGUAGGAAUGUGAAUUAAUCAUUAUUGAUAAGCUCGGACGAUUGAUUGUUUAUUGAUUUAUUGUUAUGUGUAGAAGCUGCGUAGGAAUGUGAACCUGCUGGAGAAGCUGAUGUGUCAGGAGUCAGUGUCGUGUCUGGUUGUCAACCUCUACCCCGGCAACCAGGGAUACUCCCUCAUGCUCCGCGGCAAGAAUGGAUCUGGUGAGAGACCGCUGUCAAUCAAUCACUUUUAUCUAUCACCCUAUCGAUUUAAUCAGUCUUAUCAAUUUAUCAAACAUUCACAAUUAAGAUAUUUGUCAUGCAACAUUUAGUAAAAAUACUCGGCUUAAAAACCCCAAGAGGUCCAAGGUAAACGCUGUCCUGCAUAUAUCACUGCUAUGUAGCUAGUAUUGUAGUACUGUAUCUAGUAUGGUUCUGUUAGUCUAGUGGACCGUUUUCUACAGAGCUGUAGUAGUAAGUGUUUAUUUUCUACAGAACUGUAGUAGUAAGUGUUUAUUUUCUACAGAACUGUAGUAGUAAGUGUUUAUUUUCUACAGAACUGUAGUAGUAAGUGUUUAUUUUCUACAGAGCUGUAGUAGUAAGUGUUUAUUUUCUACAGAACUGUAGUAGUAAGUGUUUAUUUUCUACAGAACUGUAGUAGUAAGUGUUUAUUUUCUACAGAACUGUAGUAGUAAGUGUUUAUUUUCUACAGAACUGUAGUAGUAAGUGUUUAUUUUCUACAGAACUGUAGUAGUAAGUGUUUAUUUUCUACAGAACUGUAGUAGUAAGUGUUUAUUUUCUACAGAACUGUAGUAGUAAGUGUUUAUUUUCUACAGAGCUGUAGUAGUAAGUGUUUAUUUUCUACAGAACUGUAGUAGUAAGUGUUUAUUUUCUACAGAACUGUAGUAGUAACAAUAUGGCUUUGUUUGAUAGACUAUUCAACUGCGUAAUGGUGACAAUGCCUCUUUCUCUCUCCCCCCUCUCUCUGUAGACUCUGAGACGAUCCGUCUGCCGUAUGAGGAAGGACAGCUGUUGGAGUACCUGGAUGCUGAGGAGCUUCCUCCUAUCCUGGUGGAUCUCUUGGAGAAGUCCCAGGUGUGUGUGUGAUUGUGUGUGUAUUUGUUUGUGUGUUCCCUCUGUCUCUCUGGCUCCUUGUCCCUCUCUGGCUCCUUGUCCCUCUCUGCCUCCUUGUCCCUCUCUUUCUCCUUGUCCCUCUCUUUCUCCUUGUCCCUCUCUGCCUCCUUGUCCCUCUCUGCCUCCUUGUCCCUCUCUGCCUCCUUGUCCCUCUCUGCCUCCUUGUCCCUCUCUGCCUCCUUGUCCCUCUCUGCCUCCUUGUCCCUCUCUAUCUCCUUGUCCCUCUCUGCCUCCUUGUCUCUCUCUUUCUCCUUGUCCCUCUGACUCCUUGUCCCUCUCUGACUCCUUGUCCCUCUCUGACUCCUUGUCCCUCUCUGCCUCCUUGUCCCUCUCUGCCUCCUUGUCCCUCUCUGACUCCUUGUCCCUCUCUGACUCCUUGUCCCUCUCUUUCUCCUUGUCCCUCUCUGACUCAUUGUCCCUCUCUGACUCCUUGUCCCUCUCUAACUCCCUGUCUCUCUAUCUCCUUGUCCCUCUCUAACUCCCUGUCUCUAUCUCCUUGUCCCUCUCUAACUCCCUGUCUCUCUAUCUCCUUGUCCCUCUCUAACUCCCGGUCUCUCUAUCUCCUUGUCCCUCUCUAACUCCCUGUCUCUCUAUCUCCUUGUCCCUCUCUAACUCCCUGUCUCUCUAUCUCAUUGUCCCUCUCUAACUCCCUGUCUCUCUAUCUCCUUGUCUCUCUGCCUCCUUGUCCCCCUCUAACUCCCUGUCUCUCUAUCUCCUUGUCCCCCUCUAACUCCCUGUCUCUCUGGCUCCUUGUCCCUCUCUAACUCCCUGUCUCUCUAUCUCCUUGUCCCUCUCUAACUCCCUGUCUCCCUGUCUCUCUAUCUCCUUGUCCCUCUCUAACUCCCUGUCUCUCUGCCUCCUUGUCCCUCUCUAACUCCCUGUCUCUCUAUCUCCUUGUCCCCCUCUAACUCCCUGUCUCUCUGUCUCCUUGUCCCUCUCUAACUCCCUGUCUCUCUAUCUCCUUGUCCCUCUCUAACUCCUUGUCCCUCUCUAACUCCCUGUCUCUCUGUCUCCCUGUCUCUCUGUCUCCUUGUCCCUCUCUAACUCUCUGUCUCCUUGUCCCUCUCUAUCUCCUUGUCUCUCUGCCUCCUUGUCCAUCUCUGCCUCCUUGUCUCUCUCUGCCUCCUUGUCCCUCUCUUUCUCCUUGUCCCUCUGACUCCUUGUCCCUCUCUGACUCCUUGUCCAGGUGAACAUCUUCCACUGUGGCUGUGUGGUAGCAGAGGUCAGAGACUACAGACAGUCUGGCAACACUAAGAUGCCCUCCUUCCAGAGCAGACACGUCCUGCUACGGCCCACCAUGCAGGUAGGAACUAGCACUGCUUUCUAGAGGAGAUGGCUGCCGCUUUACAGCUCUCUAACCAAUUGUACUAUUAUGUGUGUUUUUUCGCCUUUAUUUGUAAUUUAUUCUGUUCAUAAUGUUUCUGCCACCGUCUCUUACAACCAAAAAGAGCUUCUGGAUAUCAGGACAGCAUUUUCUCACCUCGUACUGGACGAAGAUUUUUUCUUCAACUGGUCGGACGCGAAGGAUAUUCUACAGACACCCGACAAGGCCCAAAUCCCAGUCAUUCGCAUGAGAAAGAGACAGAUAUCGUGGACGUAGGUCGGGGUGCCUUGUAAGGAUCCGACGGCGAGCGAGUAAACUGCCACUCCCAUCAAUCCUAUUAGCCAACGUUCAAUCAUUUGAAAAUAAAUUGGACGACCUAAGAUUACGGUUAUCCUACCAACGGGACAUUAAAAACUGUAAUAUCUUAUGUUUCACCGAGUCGUGGCUGAACGACGACAAUGAUAACAUACAGCUGGCGGGAUAUACGCUACAUCGGCAGGAUAGAAAGGCUGACUCCGGUAAGACAAGGGGUGGCGGUCUGUGUAUAUUUGUAAACAACAGCUGGUGCAUGAAAUCUAAUACUAAGGAAGUCUCAAUGUUUUGCUCGCCUGAGGUAGAGUAUCUCAUGAUAAGCUGUAGACCACACUAUUUACCAAGAGAGUUUUCAUCUAUAUUUUUUGUAGCUGUCUAUUUAUCACCACAAACCGAUGCUGGCGCUAAGACCGCACUCAAUGAGCUGUAUAAGGCCAUAAGUGAACAGGAAAACGCUCAUCCAGAGGCAGCGCUCCUAGCGGCCGGGUACUUUAAUGCAGGGAAACUUAAAUCCGUUCUACCUCAUUUCUACCAGCAUGUUAAAUGUGCAACCAGACGGGAAAAAACUCUAGACCACCUUUACUCCACACACAGAGACGCAUACAAAGCUCUCCCUCGCCCUCCAUUUGGCAAAUCUGACCAUAACUCUAUCCUCCUGAUUCCUGCUUAUAAUCAAAAACUAAAGCAGGAAGCACCCGUGACUCGGUUAAUAAGGAAGUGGUGAGAUGAAGCAGAUGCUAAGCUACAGGACUGUUUUGCUAGCACAGACUGGAAUAUGUUCCGGGAUUCUUCAGAUAGCAUUGAGGAGUACACCACAUCAGUCACUGGCUUCAUCAAUAAGUGCAUCGAUGAUGUCAUCCCCACAGUGACUGUACGUACAUACCCCAACCAGAAGCCAUGGAUUACAGGCAACAUCCGCACUGAGCUAAAGGGUAGAGCUGCCGCUUUCAAGGAGCGGGACUCUUAACCCGGACGCUUAUAAGAAAUCCCGCUAUGCCCUCUGACGAACCAUCAAACAGGCAAAGAGUCAAUACAGGACUAAAAUUGAAUCGUACUACACCGGCUCUGACGCUCAUCGGAUGUGGCAGGGCUUGCAAACUAUUACAGACUACAAAGGGAAGCACAGCCGCGAGCUGCCAAGUGACACAAGCCUACCAGACAAGCUAAAUCACUUCUAUGCUCGCUUCGAGGCAAGCAACACUGAAGCAUGCAUGAGAGCAUCAGCUGUUCCGGAUGACUAUGUGAUCACGCUCUCCGUAGCCGAUGUGAGUAAGACUUUAAAGCAGGUCAACAUUCACAGGGCCAGACAGAUUACCAGGGCGUGUACUCCGAGCAUGCGCUGACCAACUGGCAAGUGUCUUCACUGACAUUUUCAACAUGUCCCUGACUGAGUCUGUAAUACCAACAAGUUUCAAGCAGACCACCAUAUUCCCUGUGCCCAAGAACACUAAGAUAACCUGCCUAAAUGACUACCGAACCGUAGCACUCACGUCUGUAGCCAUGAAGUGCUUUGAAAGGCUGGUCAUUGCUCACAUCAACACCAUUAUCCCAGAAACCCUAGACCCGCUCCAAUUUGCAUACCGCCCCAACAGAUCCACAGAUGAUGUAAUCUCUAUUGCACGCCACACUGCCCUUUCCCACCUGGACAAGAGGAACACAUAUGUGAGAAUGCUAUUCAUUGACUACAGCUCAGCGUUCAACACCAUAGUGCCCUCAAAGCUCAUCACUAAGCUAAGGACCCUGGGACUAAACACCUCCCUCUGAAACUGGAUCCUGGACUUCCUGACGGGCUGCCCCCAGGUGGUAAGGGUAGGUAACAACACAUCCGCCACGCUGAUCCUCAACACGGGGCCCCUCAGGGGUGCGUGCUCAGUCCCCUCCUGUACUCCCUGUUCACCCAUGACUGCAUGGUCAGGCACGACUCCAACACCAUCAUUAUGUUUUCCGACGACACAACAGUGGUAGGCCUGAUCACCAACAACGAUGAGACAGCCUAUAGGGAGGAGGUCAGAGACCUGGCCGUGUGGUGCCAGGACAACAACCUCUCCCAGAGGGUAGUGCGUACGGCCCAGUAUAUCACUGGGGCCAAGCUUCCUGCCAUCCAGGACCUCUAUACCAGGCGGUUUCAGAGGAAGGCCCUAAAAAUUCUCCAGUCACCCUAGUCAUAGACUGUUCUCUCUGCUACCGAACGGCAAGCGGUACCGGAGCGCCAAGUCUAGGUCCAAACGGCUUCUUAACAGCUUCUACCCCCAAGCCAUAAGACUCCUGAACAGCUAAUCAUGGCUAACCCGGACUAUUUGCAUUGUCCCCCCCACCCCACCCCCUCCUCUUUUACGCUGCUGCUACUCUGUUUAUUAUCUAUGCAUAGUCACUUUAACUCUACUCUGCACCGGAACCCCCUGUAUAUAGCCUCCCUACUGUUAUUUUAUUUUACUGCUGCUCUUUAAUUAUUUGCUUAUUUUUAUUAUUUUUAGUUAUCUAUUUUUUACUUAACACAUAUUUGUCUUAAAACUGUAUUGUUGGUUAAGGGCUUGUAAGUAAGCAUUUCACUGUAAGGUGUACACCUGUUGUAUUCAGCGCAUGUGACAAAUACGAUUUGAUUUGAGAACCAUAUAAAUACAAGAGAGAACAGACACCAUGCAGGUAGGAACUAGCACUGCUUUCUAGAACCAUAGAAAUACAAGAGAUAGAGCAGUUGGUUUCUAUGUUAGAGUGGACAAAAGUGGUGGUGAUAUGCUAUCAGAAUGAUGUGCAGACAUUUUAUUUCAAAAUAGCCUUCGAUCGUUACGUAUUGGAACGUUGAUACUAAAUUCUGACCUUUGACCUCCCCAGACACUGAUCUGUGACGUCCACGCCAUGACCAGUGACCACCACAAAUGGACUCAGGUGAGUUACCAAUGAAACCUGAACACACCAACAAGAAGUAUAGAAUACUCUCCUCUUUUCUCCUGUCCUCCUUUCUCCUUCCCUUCUUGCAUUCUCCUCCUUUAUCACCUCCUGCCUCUACCCUCUUCAUUUAUCCCCUUCUCUCUCCCUCCUCUCCUCUGUUCUCCCCCCUCCAGGAUGACAAGUUCCAGUUGGAGAGCCAGUUACUGCUGGCCACAGCUGAUCCUCUGUGUCUGGAUCCAUCUGUCUCUGUCACCUGUACAGCCAACCGCCUGCUCUACAACAAGCAGAAGAUGAACACUCACUCUAUGAAACGGUACACACAGAGAGACACACACACACACACACACGCAUGCUCGCAGAGACGCAGACACACACACACAGAGACCUACAAACACACAGACACGCAGAGACGCAGGCACACGCACACACACACACACACACACAACACACACUGACAUACACAGUCACCUGCAAACACACACACAUCGACACACACACACACACACACAACACACACUGACAUACACAGUCACCUGCAAACACACACACAUCGACACACACAACACACACACAACACACACACACACACACACACACAUCGACACACACAGUCACCUACAAACACACACACACACACACCUUCACACACUAUUAUGCUUCCCUGAUCUCCAGCUGUUCUACCAGAGCCACACUAACCUGUUUCUCCUCUCUCCGUAGUUGUUUUAAACGUCACUCUCGGGCGGCGUUGAACCGUCAGCAGGAGCUGUCUUACCUGCCCGUGCCCCCCCAGCUGCGUCUCUAUGACUACCUGCAGAGGAGGAAGGAGAGGAAGCCUGCCCCCUCGAUAGAUCUUAAGAUCUCCAAGGCCGGAAACGUGAGUUCACCUUACUCUCUGCAUGCUAACACCUUUAGAUAGACCAUGCUAACACCUCUAGAUAGACCAUGCUAACACCUCUAGAUAGACCAUGCUAACACCUCUAGAUAGACCAUGCUAACACCUCUAGAUAGACCAUGCUAACACCUCUAGAUAGACCAUGCUAACACCUCUAGAUAGACCAUGCUAACACCUCUAGAUAGACCAUGCUAACACCUCUAGAUAGACCAUGCUAACACCUCUAGAUAGACCAUGCUAACACCUCUAGAUAGACCAUGCUAACACCUCUAGAUAGACCAUGCUAACACCUCUAGAUAGACCAUGCUAACACCUCUAGAUAGACCAUGCUAACACCUCUAGAUAGACCAUGCUAACACCUCUAGAUAGACCAUGCUAACACCUCUAGAUAGACCAUGCUAACACCUCUAGAUAGACCAUGCUAACACCUCUAGAUAGACCAUGCUAACACCUCUAGAUAGACCAUGCUAACACCUCUAGAUAGACCAUGCUAACACCUCUAGAUAGACCAUGCUAACACCUCUAGAUAGACCAUGCUAACACCUCUAGAUAGACCAUGCUAACACCUCUAGAUAGACCAUGCUACACCUCUAGAUAGACCAUGCUAACACCUCUAGUAGACCAUGCUAACACCUCUAGAUAGACCAUGCUAACACCUCCUAGAUAGACCAUGCUAACACCUCUAGAUAGACCAUGCUAACACCUCUAGAUAGACCAUGCUAACACCUCUAGAUAGACCAUGCUAACACCUCUAGAUAGACCAUGCUAACACCUCUAGAUAGACCAUGCUAACACCUCCUAGAUAGACCAUGCUAACACCUCUAGAUAGACCAUGCUAACACCUCUAGAUAGACCAUGCUAACACCUCUAGAUAGACCAUGCUAACACCUCUAGAUAGGCCAUGCUAACACCUUUAGAUAGAGCAUGCUAACACCUCUAGGUAGACCAUGCUAACACCUCUAGAUAGACCAUGCUAACACCUCUAGGUAGACCAUGCUAACACCCCCUAGAUAGACCAUGCUACACCUCUAGAUAGACCAUGCUAACACCUCUAAGAUAGACCAUGCUAACACCUCUAGAUAGACCAUGCUAACACCCUCUAGAUAGACCAUGCUAACACCUCUAGAUAGACCAUGCUAACACCUCUAGGUAGACCAUGCUAACACCUCAAGAUAGACCAUGCUAACACCUCUAGGUAGACCAUGCUAACACCUCUAGGUAGACCAUGCUAACACCUCUAGGUAGACCAUGCUAACACCUCCUAGAUAGACCAUGCUAACACACAUUUGUUCAGACUGAUCUCUGUCCACUCUUCUCUCCCUUCCUCAGUGUGUGGACAUGUGGAAGCAGAGCAUCUGCCAGCUCACUGUCCCCAAGGAGAUUGAUGUAAGUCUCUCUCUCCUUCUCAAACACCCCUUACCUGUCUGUCAUGAAGCGGCCGUUGUCAGUCAAGUGACUGGUACUCUUGAGAUAUGGACCAGGGUUUGGACUCAAUGCCAAUUGAAGUCAGUCAAUUCAGGAAGUGAUUUGAAUUUAAAAUCCCCAAAUGGAAAAACUUUUGACAUAAAUACCUUCUUCUUUUUCAGUUUAUUGAGAAGUCAUAGAAAAUUGAUUCCCUUUUUUUAAAUUAUUGAAUUGGAAUUUCAGUUUACUUAUUGAAUGGACUGACUUCAAUUGGAAUUUCGCCCAACCCUGAUAUGGACCGUUUAGUCUUCAAACACAGACUCUCUGUAUUUCCAGGUGGAUAAAUAUGCUGUGGUAGAGAGGUCAGUGAAGCUGGAGGAAUCUCAGCCCACUGUCUGGCCUGCAGAGGUAAGACUUGUAGCUUCCUGGUGUCACACUCUUUAUCUUCCCCUGUUACAGAGCCACUAACUAACUAAACACUGACAUCAUCUCAAAGCUCACAGCAAGCUGCUAGAAAUACCCUUUUAGCACAGAAGAUCUGUGCAUUUCCUGCCAGCUUAGAUCAAAAUGGUCCCAGAGGACCAAGGUUUCUCUUCUCACUUCCUGGUGUCUCACCCUAUCAGGAAGUGAUAGAUUACUAUAUGUUUGAGUGUGAGGUGGGGGGGGGGCAGGCCCAUAGGACCAAGGUGUCUCUUUUAACUUCCUGGUGUCACACCUGUUCUCUUCCCCAUAACAGGAAGUGAUAGAUGACUAUACGUUUGAGUGUGAGGUUGGGGGAAAAGCCCAGAGGACCAAAGUGUCCAUCUUCCAGUCGGUGGGAGACCCUCUGGUCUACGGAAAGAUCUACUGCGCCAAAGAACCCAAAACUGAGGAGGACAGCAGCGAUCUACACCUCAUACACCCAUCGUAAGGACAGUGGGGUGGGGGGGUGCAACGCGGCAGAGGACAGUAUAAUGUAACGUUCUAGAAACAUAAUUAUUUUGACUUGGAUUCCUCUUCUCUUUUCCCACCAGUUUCCUAAUAGGAUCGAAGAUAGAUGCUGAUCGGUAAGUGGGCUAACUGGGACUGUGUGCUUGUCCUUUCUGAACAUAUGUUCUGUGUUGUAGGGUGUUGACUGUGUUGUAGGGUGUUGACUGUGUUGUAGGGUGUUGACUGUGUUGUAGGUUGUUGACUGUGUUGUAGGUUGUUGACUGUACUGUAGGUUGUUGACUGUACUGUAGGUUGUUGACUGUGUUGUAGGGUGUUGACUGUGUUGUAGGGUGUUGACUGUGUUGUAGGGUGUUGACUGUGUUGUAGGUGUUGACUGUGUUGUAGGGUGUUGACUGUGUUGUAGGUUGUUGACUGUACUGUAGGUUGUUGACUGUACUGUAGGUGUUGACUGUGUUGUAGGGUGUUGACUGUGUUGUAGGGUGUUGACUGUGUUGUAGGUUGUUGACUGUGUUGUAGGUUGUUGACUGUGUUGUAGGUUGUUGACUGUGUUGUAGGUUGUUGACUGUGUUGUAGGUUGUUGACUGUGUUGUAGGUUGUUGACUGUGUUGUAGGGUGUUGACUGUGUUGUAGGUUGUUGACUGUUGUUGUGUUGUUGACUGUUUGUAGGUUGUUGACUGUGUUGUAGGUUGUUGACUGUGUUGUAGGGUGUUGACUGUGUUGUAGGGUGGUUGACUGUGUUGUAGGUGUUGACUGUGUUGUAGGUUGUUGACUGUUGUGUUUGACUGUAUGUGGUUGUUGACUGUGUUGUAGGUGUUGUUGUGACUGUGUUGUAGGUUGUUGACUGUGUUGUAGGUUGUUGACUGUGUGUAGGUUGUUGACUGUGUUGUAGGGUGUUGACUGUGUUGUAGGUUGACGUUGUAGGUUGUUGACUGUGUUGUAGGUGUUGACUGUUGUAGGUUUGACUGUGUUGUAGGUUGUUGACUGUGUUGUAGGGUGUUGACUGUGUUGUAGGGUGUUGACUGUGUUGUAGGUUGUUGACUGUGUUGUAGGUUGUUGACUAUGUAUGUAGGUUGUUGACUGUGUUGUAGGGUGUUGACUGUGUUGUAGGGUUUUUGACUAUGUUGUAGGUUGUUGACUGUGUUGUAGGGUGUUGACUGUGUUGUAGGUUGUUGACUGUGUUGUAGGGUGUUGACUGUGUUGUAGGUUGUUGACAAAAAGUAUUGCUUUUCCUAGGUUCCUGUCUCAGUAUAAAGGUGUGUAUGAGUCGGACGUGAAGUGCCAGGUGAAGAUGUCUCAUAACUCGGGAUUCGUGGGACAGAACCAGCUCUCACCCAACAGACAGACAGAGGUACACACACUAUAACACACACACACACACUACAGAACCAGCUCUCACCCAACAGACAGACAGAGAUACACACACACACACACACUACAGAACCAGCUCUCACCCAACAGACAGACAGAGGUACACACACUAUAACACACACACACUACAGAACCAGCUCUCACCCAACAGACAGACAGAGAUACACACACCAUAACACACACACACACACUACAGAACCAGCUCUCACCCAACAGACAGACAGAGGUACACACACUAUAACACACACACACUACAGAACCAGCUCUCACCCAACAGACAGACAGAGAUACACACACCAUAACACACACACACACACUACAGAACCAGCUCUCACCCAACAGACAGACAGAGAUACACACACCAUAACACACACACACACACUACAGAACCAGCUCUCACCCAACAGACAGACAGAGGUACACACACCAUAACACACACACACACACUACAGAACCAGCUCUCACCCAACAGACAGACAGAGCUUGUUGUUGUUGUUGUUGUUGACCUCAUGCCCGUUAUGUGUCCCCAGGCGGAUGGUCUAUCAGCCCUGGUUCAGUCGUCAGGCGUGUUGGGGAAGGGGGUGAAGCACCGGCCUCCCCCCAUCAAACUACCCUCCGGGUCGGGCAGCAGCUCCUCAGGUAACCCCCCCUCUCUAACCUGCCUGGAGGUCUGGGGCUGCAUCUCAUUCCAGAAAAUUGUGGUUCUUUAGUUGUUCACUCCCCAUCGCACAUCUGAUUGGUGCUAACUCCUCUCACCUCCCCCUCUCUCACCCCGCUCCCUCUCUCCCUCCCCUCUCUCCCUCCCCUCUCUCCAGGUAACCUGUAUAGUUCAGCCCAGGCUACCAGUGGUCUCCUCACGUGUCCUACGCCCCCCCCAGGAACAGGUCCCGGAUCAGUCAAGCCCCAGCCUCUGAGCAGGAAGCACUCUCUGGAGCUGGGGCAGGGGUUACAGCUGGGGGGGUUGUUGUCCCCGGCAGCCCUGUCUCCCAUGGGGUCAACACAGAGUGAGUACCUAACCAGUCUAUCAAACAGUCAUUCUAUCAAACAGCCAUUCUAUCAAACAGCCAAUCAUUCUAUCAAACAGUCAGUCAGUCUAUCAAACAGUCAUUCUAUCAAACAGCCAAUCAUUCUAUCAAACAGUCAGUCAGUCUAUCAAACAGCCAUUCUAUCAAACAGCCAAUCAUUCUAUCAAACAGUCAGUCAGUCUAUCAAACAGUCAUUCUAUCAAACAGUCAUUCUAUCAAACAGUCAGUCAGUCUAUCAAACAGUCAUUCUAUCAAACAGUCAUUCUAUCAAACAGUCAGUCAUUCUAUCAAACAGUCAGUCAAUCUAUCAAACAGCCAAUCAGUCUAUCAAACAGUCAGUCAUUCUAUCAAACAGCCAAUCAAUCUAUCAAACAGCCAAUCAAUCUAUCAAACAGCCAAUCAUUCUAUCAAACAGUCAUUCUAUCAAACAGUCAAUCAGUCUAUCAAACAGUCAAUCUAUCAAACAGCCAAUCAUUCUAUCAAACAGUCAAUCAGUCUAUCAAACAGCCAAUCAGUCUAUCAAACAGUCAAUCUAUCAAACAGCCAAUCAUUCUAUCAAACAGUCAGUCAGUCUAUCAAACAGUCAGUCAGUCUAUCAAACAGUCAUUCUAUCAAACAGCCAAUCAAUCUAUCAAACAGCCAAUCAUUCUAUCAAACAGUCAAUCUAUCAAACAGCCAAUCAAUCUAUCAAACAGUCAUUCUAUCAAACAGUCAAUCAAUCUAUCAAACAGUCAAUUAUUCUAUCAAACAGUCAGUCAGUCUAUCAAACAGUCAGUCAGUCUAUCAAACAGCCAAUCAAUCUAUCAAACAGUCAAUUAUUCUAUCAAACAGUCAGUCAGUCUAUCAAACAGUCAGUCAGUCUAUCAAACAGUCAGUCAGUCUAUCAAACAGUCAGUCAGUCUAUCAAACAGUCAGUCAGUCUAUCAAACAGUCAGUCUAUCAAACAGUCAGUCAGUUUAUCAAACAGUCAAUCAGUCUAUCAAACAGUCAGUCAGUUUAUCAAACAGUCAAUCAGUCUAUCAAACAGUCAGUCAGUCUAUCAAACAGUCAGUCAGUCUAUCAAACAGUCAGUCAGUUUAUCAAACAGUCAGUCAGUCUAUCAAACAGUCAAUCAUUCUAUCAAACAGUCAUUCUAUCAAACAGUCAAUCAGUCUAUCAAACAGUCAAUCUAUCAAACAGCCAAUCAUUCUAUCAAACAGUCAAUCAGUCUAUCAAACAGUCAAUCAUUCUAUCAAACAGUCAAUCUAUCAAACAGCCAAUCAUUCUAUCAAACAGUCAGUCAGUCUAUCAAACAGUCAGUCAGUCUAUCAAACAGUCAUUCUAUCAAACAGCCAAUCAAUCUAUCAAACAGCCAAUCAUUCUAUCAAACAGUCAAUCUAUCAAACAGCCAAUCAAUCUAUCAAACAGUCAUUCUAUCAAACAGUCAAUCAAUCUAUCAAACAGUCAAUUAUUCUAUCAAACAGUCAGUCAGUCUAUCAAACAGUCAGUCAGUCUAUCAAACAGUCAGUCAGUUUAUCAAACAGUCAGUCAGUCUAUCAAACAGUCAAUCAUUCUAUCAAACAGUCAUUCUAUCAAACAGUCAAUCAGUCUAUCAAACAGUCAAUCUAUCAAACAGCCAAUCAAUCUAUCAAACAGUCAUUCUAUCAAACAGUCAAUCAAUCUAUCAAACAGUCAAUUAUUCUAUCAAACAGUCAGUCAGUCUAUCAAACAGUCAGUCAGUCUAUCAAACAGUCAGUCAGUUUAUCAAACAGUCAGUCAGUCUAUCAAACAGUCAAUCAUUCUAUCAAACAGUCAUUCUAUCAAACAGUCAAUCAGUCUAUCAAACAGUCAAUCUAUCAAACAGCCAAUCAUUCUAUCAAACAGUCAAUCUAUCAAACAGCCAAUCAAUCUAUCAAACAGUCAUUCUAUCAAACAGCCAAUCAAUCUAUCAAACAGUCAAUUAUCUAUCAACAAUCAUUCUAUCAAACAGUCCAAUCUAUCAAACAGUCAAUCAUCUAUCAAACAGUCAUCAUCUAUCAAACAGUCAAUCAAUCUAUCAAACAGUCAAUUCUAUCAAACAGUCAUCAGUCUAUCAAACAGUCAGUCAUUCUAUCAAACAGUCAGUCAGUCUAUCAAACAGUCAUCAGUCUAUCAAACAGCCAAUCAAUCUAUCAAACAGUCAAUUCAUUCUAUCAAACAUCAGUCAGUCUAUCAAACAGCAUCAGUCUAUCAAACAGUCCAGUCUAUCAAACAGUCAGUCAGUCUAUCAAACAGUCAGGUCUAUCAAACAGUCAGUCAGUUUUAUCAAACAGUCAUCAGUCUAUCAAACAGUCAUCAGUUAUCAAACAGUCAAUCAGUCUAUCAAACAGUCAGUCAGUCUAUCAAACAGUCAGUCAGUCUAUCAAACAGUCAGUCAGUUUAUCAAACAGUCAGUCAGUCUAUCAAACAGUCAGUCAGUUUAUCAAACAGUCAGUCAGUUUAUCAAACAGUCAGUCAGUUUAUCAAACAGUCAAUCAGUCUAUCAAACAGUCAGUCAGUCUAUCAAACAGUCUAUCAGUCUAUCAAUCAGUCAGUCAGUCUAUCAAACAGUCAAUCAGUUUAUCAAUCAGUCAAUCAGUCAGUCAGUCUAUCAAACAGUCUAUCAGUCUAUCAAUCAGUCAGUCAGUCUAUCAAACAGUCAGCCAAUCAGGCCAGGGCUGCCCACUGUCACCUCUGUCAUUGGUAUUAUUACCCAGGAAAGUCUUACAGGUGUGAAGAUUGGAACCAAACCCACAUUAUAUCUCUAUAUGCAGAUGGGAUUUCUAACCCAGAAACCUCUAUUCCCAUUCUUAUUGACUUGAGGUUUAGCUCUAAAUAAAUGUGAAUAUCUUUUUGUUUAUCUUGGUGUGAAAAAUAAACUUCACAACCUGUCAAACAGCAACUUUGCACCUGUAUUUAGGGCAGUUAAGGAAGACCUAGACAGGUGGAUGGACCUGCCAUUAUCAUGGUUGGGUAGAAUUAAUCGUAUUAAAAUUAAUGUUUUCCCCAGACUGUAUCCUCUCCAGAUGGUCACAUUUUAUAUUAUAACGAAAAAUACUUUUAAUGAACUCAAGAAAUACCUCUCAGACUUUAUAUGGCACAGAAAAAGACCAAUGUUGAAAGUUAGUAAACUGAAGCUACCAUAUCAUUUAGGAGGCCUGGCGCUAACUAAUGUACUGUUUAAUAACUGGGCAUGUCAUGUUCACAUAAUUACAGAAUGGCUCAGAGAUGAACCUUGCUCUAAUUGGCUCAGAGAUGAACCUUGCUCUAAUUGGCUCAGAGAUUAACCUUGCUCUAAUUGGCUCAGAGAUGAACCUUGCUCUAAUUGGCUCAGAGAUUAACCUUGCUCUAAUUGGCUCAGAGAUGAACCUUGCUCUAAUUGGCUCAGAGAUGAACCUUGCUCUAAUUGGCUCAGAGAUGAACCUUGCUCUAAUUGGCUCAGAGAUUAACCUUGCUCUAAUUGGCUCAGAGAUGAACCUUGCUCUAAUUGGCUCAGAGAUGAACCUUGCUCUAAUUGGGUCAGAGAUGAACCUUGCUCUAAUUGGCUCAGAGAUGAACCUUGCUCUAAUUGGGUCAGUAAUGACUCCUGUUUCACAUCUCCAUACUCAUUAAUCAGUGUUAUGACUGGUGACAGAAACUCAGUCAGCACAGAAGUAAAACAUAACCCGAUUCUUAACAGCACCUUUUAAGAUCUGGAGAGAUAUUUGCAAACACCUUGGGGAAGAAAGGAUUACAUUUCUGCUCUGACUCCCCUUAUUAAUAACAAGGUGUUUACUCUCAAAUGCCUUCUCCUUAACUGGAUAAAAGACCAGCCACCAACAAUAAAUCAGUGGUAUUGUGAGAUCUUUUAAAGUGUUACCAUUAGAGAAAAUGUGUGCUAUAUUUAGGAACAAGGAUGGAGAUUUCUAUACAAUAUGGGACCGUUUUCACUAUAUCAUACCCCUCCUCUUGCAGAAGUGUCAAUAUAAAAAUUCAAUGAAUCUAUGGGUCAACUGGACCCUGGUCCCUUUCUUGUAUAAAAUAACGAUUUAGUUGUAUAGCUGUAAGGCCUCUCUCUAUACAGCGUUAGGGGCAUUUUGUAUUUUACACACUACAGCCACAAAUUUUACGACAGUAAAAAUUAAUAAAGGCAUGCAAGGAAAAUACAAAAUAAUAAAAUGUUCAUGAAAUUAGUUAGAGAGAAAAAAAUUCAGUAAUGAAAAAUGAAGAGUAGAGAACUGAAAGGGAUAAUAGGAUGAAGGUAUUAUUAUUAUUAUAUAUUAUAAUUCUAACUGUUUGUUUUCUGUUUGUUUCAUUUGUUUGUGGUCGUCUGUAGCUCAAUUGGUAGAGCAUGGCGCUUGUAACGCCAGGGUAGUGUAAAAAUGUACGCACACAUGACUGUAAGUCGCUUUGGAUAAAAGCGUCUGCUAAAUGGCAUAUUAUAUUAUUUAGGAAUUCAAAUAUAUUUACAAUCUGUUUAUGAUGUUGACCUGAAACAAGGAAAAUAUAUAAUAAUAAUAAUAAUAUACAGUGGGGAGAACAAGUAUUUGAUACACUGACGAUUUUGAAGGUUUUCCUACUUACAAAGCAUGUAGAGGUCUGUAAUGUUUUAUCAUAGGUACACUUCAACUGUGAGAGACGGAAUCUAAAACAAAAAUCCAGAAAAUCACAUUGUAUCAUUUUUAAGUAAUUAAUUUGCAUUUUAUUGCAUGACAUACGUAUUUGAUCACCUACCAACCAGUAAGAAUUCCGGCUCUCACAGACCUGUUCGUUUUUCUUUAAGAAGCCCUCCUGUUCUCCACUCAUUACCUGUAUUAACUGCACCUGUUUUAACUUGUUACCUGUAUAAAAGACACCUGUCCACACACUCAAUCAAACAAACUCCAACCUCUCCACAAUGGCCAAGACCAGAGAGCUGUGUAAGGACAUCAGGGAUAAAAUUGUAGACCUGCACAAGGCUGGGAUGGGCUACAGGACAAUAGGCAAGCAGCUUGGUGAGAAGGCAACAACUGUUGGUGCAAUUAUUAGAAAAUGGAAGAAGUUCAAGAUGACGGUCAAUCACCCUCGGUCUGGGGCUCCAUGCAAGAUCUCACCUCGUGUGGCAUCAAUGAUCAUGAGGAAGGUGAGGGAUCAGCCCAGAACUACACGGCAGGACCUGGUCAAUGACCUGAAGAGAGCUGGGACCACAGUCUCAAAGAAAACCAUUAGUAACACACUACGCCGUCAUGGAAUUACAUUUACAUUUACGUCAUUUAGCAGACGCUCUUAUCCAGAGCGACUUACAAAUUGGUGCAGUCACCUUAUAGCCAGUGGGAUAACACUUUACAAUAUGUUUAUUUUUAUUUUAUUUUUUUGGGGGGGGUAGAAGGAUUACUUUAUCCUAUCCCAGGUAGUCCUUAAAGAGGUGGGGUUUCAAGUGUCUCCGGAAGGUGGUGAGUGACUCCGCUGUCCUGGCGUCGUGAGGGAGCUUGUUCCACCAUUGGGGUGCCAGAACAGCGAACAGUUUUGACUGGGCUGAGCGGGAACUGUGCUUCCGCAGAGGUAGGGGGGCCAGCAGGCCAGAGGUGGAUGAACGCAAUGCCCUCGUUUGGGUGUAGGGACUGAUCAGAGCCUGAAGGUAAGGAGGUGCCGUUCCCCUCACAGCUCCGUAGGCAAGCACCAUGGUCUUGUAGCAGAUGCGAGCUUCAACUGGAAGCCAGUGGAGUGUGCGGAGGAGCGGGGUGACGUGAGAGAACUUGGGAAGGUUGAACACCAGACGGGCUGCGGCAUUCUGGAUGAGUUGUAGGGGUUUAAUGGCACAGGCAGGGAGCCCAGCCAACAGCGAGUUGCAGUAAUCCAGACGGGAGAUGACAAGUGCCUGGAUUAGGACCUGUGCCGCUUCCUGUGUAAGGCAGGGUCGUACUCUCCGAAUGUUGUAGAGCAUGAACCUACAGGAUCUGGUCACCGCCUUGAUGUUAGCGUAGAACGACAGGGUGUUAUCCAGGGUCACGCCAAGGCUCUUCGCACUCUGGGAGGAGGACACAACGGAGUUGUCAAUCGUGAUGGCGAGAUCAUGGAACGGGCAGUCCUUCCCCGGGAGGAAGAGCAGCUCCGUCUUGCCGAGGUUCAGCUUGAGGUGGUGAUCCGUCAUCCACACUGAUAUGUCUGCCAGACAUGCAGAGAUGCGAUUCGCCACCUGGUUAUCAGAAGGGGGAAAGGAGAAGAUUAGUUGUGUGUCAUCUGCGUAGCAAUGAUAGGAGAGGCCAUGUGAGGAUAUGACAGAGCCAAGUGACUUGGUGUAUAGCGAGAAUAGGAGAGGGCCUAAAACUGAGCCCUGGGGGACACCAGUGGUGAGAGCACGUGGUGCGGAGACAGAUUCUCGCCACGCCACUUGGUAGGAGCGACCGGUCAGGUAGGACGCAAUCCAAGAGUGAGCCGCGCCGGAGAUGCCCAGCUCGGAGAGGGUGGAGAGGAGGAUCUGAUGGUUCACAGUAUCAAAGGCAGCAGACAGGUCUAGAAGGACAAGAGCAGAAUAGAGAGAGUUAGCUUUAGCAGUGCGGAGAGCCUCCGUGACACAGAGAAGAGCAGUCUCAGUUGAAUUAAAUCCUGCAGCGCGCGCAAGGUCCCCCUGCUCAAGCCAGCGCAUGUCCAGGCCCGUCUGGAUCUGGAUGAUCCAGAGGAGGAAUGGGAGAAGGUCAUGUGGUCUGAUGAGACAAAAAUAGAGCUUUUUGGUCUAAACUCCACUCACCGUAUUUGGAGGAAGAAGAAGGAUGAGUACAACCCCAAGAACACCAUCCCAACCGUGAAGCAUGGAGGUGGAAACAUCAUUCUUUGGGGAUGCUUUUCUGCAAAGGGGACAGGACGACUGCACCGUAUUGAGGGGAGGAUGGAUGGGGCCAUGUAUCGCGAGAUCUUGGCCAACAACCUCCUUCCCUCAGUAAGAGCAUUGAAGAUGGGUCGUGGCUGGGUCUUCCAGCAUGACAACGACCCGAAACACACAGCCAGGGCAACUAAGGAGUGGCUCCGUAAGAAGCAUCUCAAGGUCCUGGAGUGGCCUAGCCAGUCUCCAGACCUGAACCCAAUAGAACAUCUUUGGAGGGAGCUGAAAGUCCGUAUUGCCCAGCGACAGCCCCGAAACCUGAAGGAUCUGGAGAAGGUCUGUAUGGAGGAGUGGGCCAAAAUCCCUGCUGCAGUGUGUGCAAACCUGGUCAAGACCUACAGGAAACGUAUGAUCUCUGUAAUUGCAAACAAAGGUUUCUGUUCCAAAUAUUAAGUUCUGCUUUUCUGAUGUAUCAAAUACUUAUGUCAUGCAAUAAAAUGCAAAUUAAUUACUUAAAAAUCAUACAAUGUGAUUUUCUGGAUUUUUGUUUUAGAUUCCGUGUCUCACAGUUGAAGUGUACCUAUGAUGAAAAAUUACAGACUACAUGCUUUGUAAGUAGGAAAACCUGCAAAAUCGUCAGUGUAUCAAAUACUUGUUCUCCCCACUGUAUAUAUAUACCAGUCAAAAGGCAAAGGGUGGCUAUUUGAAGAAUCUCAAAUACAAAAUAUAUUUUGAUUUGUUUAACUCUUUUCUGGUUACUACAUGAUUCCAUAUGUUUUAUUUCAUAGUUUUGAUGUCUUCACUAUUAUUCUACAAUGUAGAAAAUAGUAAAAAUAAAGAAAAACCCUUUGACUGGUACUGUAUAUAUAUAUAUUUUUUAAUGUCAGUCAGUCAAUCAAACAGUCAGUCAAACAGUCGUUCAGUCAGUCAGUUUACCUUACACAAUCUGGUAAUAACAUGUAAUAACAUGUAAUAACAUGUAAUAACCAUGUAAUAACAUGUAAUAAAUGUGUAAUAAGAGUGAGUCCCGCACUUAUUUUCUUUUCAUAGUUCAUUGACAAAGAAAGACUCAUGGUAUCUAAUAACUUCUUUAUGUAAUACCUAUGUACAUGGUUUUGGUAACAUGUUACAAAUGCUUACUAUUUAACCAAGUUGUAACAGUAUAUAGGCCUCCUGUAGCACAGUUGGUAGAGCAUGGUGCUUGCAACGCCAGGGUUGUGGGUUCGAUUCCCACGGGGGGCCAGUAUGAAAAAUGUAUGCACUCACUAACUGUAAGUCGCUCUGGAUACGAGCGUCUGCUAAAAUGACUAAAAUGUAAAAAUGUAUACCUGUUUGUGUAAUUUCCCUCCUAACCCCCUCUUCUCCCUGACCCCCUCUUCUCCCUGACCCCCUCUUCUCUCCCUCUCUUAUCCCUCACCCCCUCUCUCCUCUCGCAGGAUCGGGGACCCCCAAACCAUCCACGCCCACCCCCACCAGCACCCCCUGUUCCACCCCUCACCCCCCCGACUCCCUCCUCUCCCUCUGUUCCCUCCCGUCCUCUGUCACCCCCGCCCCUCCGGAGCCCCAGGCCCUCCAGGCCCCCCAGGCCCCGUAUCCCCAGCAGCAGCUUCCCCUGUCCCAGGCUCUGCCUGUAAUAACCAUCCCUCUCCCCACCAUGGGAACAGGAACCACCUCCUCUCAGGUCAUGGCUAACCCUGCUGGACUCAACUUCAUCAACGUGGUGGGAUCUGUCUGGUAA